CGCGCACCUUGUAAAAUAGUUCUUCCGUGAGUUGACAUUUUAAAUUUUAUUAGUGUAAUUUUUUAGACAAGACAAAACAAUUCAUUGAAGUCUUUAUUCAAAUUCAUAUUGGAAGUAACUUUUACGCAUCCAGCCUGUCUGUUAAUUUAGUUUGUCCUUAUUGCGGACGAAUGUGUAAAUAGUGCUUGUGAGAAUCCAUUAUGGCGACGGACUUAGAAAUUCAUUAUGGCCGAAGAAAAACUUACAGAAUACGAACGAGCAAAUGACAUUCUCUACAGAAAAUAUGUAAAACGUCAAGCGAUUAUGUUGAUAUAACAGAAUCCAGUAAUCGCAUCUUCCAAGCAACGCAUCAAAUGGUGUAAUUGGGUAACGAAAAUAUUGUGUGUUACGGUUAACGUUCAUUGUUUGUGCUUCAGGUAGCAACACGAUAUGCUGUUUGAAAUGGCAGCAGACAAUAUUAGGUAGCUGCUUUAAUUGUAGUACAUCUAGUCUGGUGAAGAUUAGCAGCUGUAUUUUGCCAAAGUCCGGUGCAGUGUAUCACUAACUUCGUUAGAAGCUGUUAUACGUACCCAAGGCCAUAUUAUAUAGUUCUUCUCUAGUCAAAACAUAUAGUGUUCCGAGCCAAAAAUCACUUAUCUUUUAUGCAUAGAUAAACAAUUCCAUUAUCAAUAUGGAGAAAUAUGAGAAAAUUAGCAAAAUUGGAGAAGGCUCUUAUGGUGUGGUGUUUAAGUGCCGGAACAGAGAGACUGGGACACUUGUUGCUAUCAAAAAGUUUGUGGAGUCAGAAGAAGAUCCACUGAUAAAGAAGAUAGCCAUGCGAGAAAUCCGAAUGUUAAAGCAACUGAAGCAUCCAAAUUUGGUCAACUUAAUAGAAGUGUUCAGAAGAAAGAAACGACUCCAUCUGGUGUUUGAAUAUGUGGAUCAUACGGUGCUAAAUGAACUAGACAGGCACCCCCGAGGUGUGCCUGAACCCCUCGUCAAGAGAAUUAUUUAUCAAACACUGCUCGCAGUUAAUUUUUGUCAUCAGCACAAUUGUAUACACAGAGAUGUCAAACCUGAGAAUAUCCUUAUAACACGGCAGGGACAGGUCAAGCUCUGUGACUUCGGCUUUGCCAGAGUUUUAACUGGGCCAGGCGAUGAAUACACAGACUAUGUAGCCACGCGCUGGUACCGAGCCCCGGAGCUGUUGGUGGGCGACACAUGCUACGGCCCGCCGGUAGAUAUCUGGGCAAUCGGCUGUGUGUUUGCGGAACUCCUGACGGGUCAGGCACUGUGGCCGGGGAAGUCUGACGUAGAUCAGCUGUACCUAAUCAAGAGAACGCUAGGAGACUUGCUACCUCGUCAUGAGGAGAUUUUCUCCAAUAACACAUUCUUCAAGGGAAUGACAAUUCCAGAGCCAGACAGAAUGGAACCUCUGGAUGAGAAAUUCCCUAACAUUACCCCAGCAGCCAUGAGCUUUAUGCAGGGGUGUUUAACAAUGGACCCGGCGCAGCGGUUAAGCUGUACAACCUUACUGCAGCAUCCGUACAUGGACCAAAACAAAGAAAUCUACGAUUCACCGAAUCGCAAAGACAAACCCGAGAGAAACAAAAAUAAGUCGGUUUCUCGAGCCAGUAAUCACUAUCCCUCCCAGAGUGCAACAUACCAUCCUCAGCUGCCACAGUUGACUGGGAAUCCUGGUUUUAAUAUGUCUACCUCUCCCAUACCAGCCCCCAAAUUCAACAAGAAACAUAAAUACGACCACCACCUUCCCAACAUCUGACUUUUCGGCCAAGGGGUUCUGCGUCAUGACAACUAGACUGGAAAGAGGCUAGCCUAGCAUGAUGUUCACAAUCCUGGAGGCCAUUUACAUCGGGAGCAAUGGAACUUUUGUUUGUGGUGUUACAAGUCAAACUUUUUUUUUUAUAUAUCAAGCACGUGUGUGAAGCUUAUUCUAUAUAUAUAUAUAAUUAUUUUUUGUUCAGCCAUUUAUAUUACAGCUUCGAAACAACCUCCUUCUUGACUUCAUCAGAAUGAAAUCAUUCUAUAGAGAAAUAAAUCGGCCAUGUUUUUUUUCUCUUUAAAGUCAUAUUUUGAUUAUCAAGUAGUUUUACAAAUUACUCAUAUAUUGAUACCGGUACAUAAUGGUUUAGGGACUUUUGAUAAGCUUUUUCUCAGUUUUCUGAUAUAAUUUGUUAUUCUAAAUUUUAUUUACAGCAAAUUUAUCAUGACAAUUUUUUUUCUUUACUCAUGACAUUUUGUUGAUCUGUAUUGAUUAUUAUGCCCUGUCCCCAAAAACUUUAAUUUUUUUUUUCUUUAAUAUUCGACCUAUUGAUGAUUAUUAGAGCUCAUGCAUUUAAUUCUAUGAUUUUAUUUCUGUGUAAUAAACUAGUGCUUGCUUCAGCAGAUGCUGUUUUUAUAUACAAAAAUUAUACAGUUAGAUUCAUAUUUAUUUAGUUUUAAUGUAUAUCAGUGCUGUCUUGUAUAUGUACAUAAAAGUUUGGAUGAGAAAUUGGUACAAAUGGAUCCAUAUGUGUACAUAUGCAUCAUGUGUAUAUGUAAAAAAAAAAAAGAAGUAUUCCGGAUUUUGUCUGUAGAAAUUUACUUGUUGUAAAUGAUGAGAUGUGUGUAUGCAAGACUAGAUAUUUCUUGUAAAGAAUUCAAACAGAUAUUUUGAGGAUUAAAGAACAUUUUUUCUAGAAAUAGUUUAGAAUCACUCUGAAGAGUGAUACCAUAUAAUAAUGUAGAUAAUUAGAAGGAUCAAAAAUAAAUACAUGUAUAUAUACUAAAACAUCUAUUCCAAUCUGGUGAAUGAUUUUUUUUAUUUCAUAAUUUUUUUUAAUAUUUAAGUAGCAUUCAUUUAUUCAUCUGAUCCGAUUUAAAUCCAUUCUGUCAUCAAGGAGGUUGUUUUGAUAAAUUGCACCAUGUAGCUAACAAAUAUUUUUUAGUGUGUUGAUAAUUUUGAAAAUUUAGUGAACAAAUGAAUGUUCAUGAGUAGACUUUUUUGUUAUGUCAACUGAAGGUAUAUAUAUUCAAUAGAAUAGUAAAAAAAAGAGUGCUUUAAAGGAAAAGAAUGUAAUUUAACUUGAUCUCUGCCUAUUUAGAUUUUAUAUUUAAAAGGAUACGUUAGUUAAGAGUGAAUGAUAUAUUAUUUGAAUGAAGGCAGAAAUUGCAGAUUAAUAACUUUUAAUGAAAAGUCAUUGAUAUUUUAGAUUUUAACUAUAUGCAAGUAGUUCAGGUAAUAUGCUUUAAAUAUUCGUUAUAAGAUGCUAGAAAUUUAACAAUUUAUUAUGUAAUUAGUAAAAUAUUAUAUAUACUUAUUUGUUAAAAUUCAGAUAAACUUUUGCAACAAUCAUUGAAAAAAAAAUUCUUUUAAAUUUUUUUAAUAACUUUCAAAGAGUUGCAGAAGUUUAAUAUAUAUUAACAUGAUCAAAAUUAAUAGGUAGAUUGUUAUUUUUCCCUUCAAAUUUUUUGUCUACAUUUGAUUAUGAUACAGUGAAUAAUUUAAUGGUUGUUAAGAGUUACAAUGACUGGAAAUGGCAAUUGAGGGAGUAUAGGGAUCUUUUUAAAUUUUUUUUUUUUAAAUUUUAUUCUACCAUUUUUAUGUCAGAGCAAACUUCUCUAUAAGCCAUUUGUCUAAAUGGUAAAAAUAAAUUAAUAUGAACUUUAGUAGUCUAAUUAUUAUGUCCAGGAAAACAAAUUUCAAGUUCAAUUUGAUAUUAAAAGUUUAAAAGUAUCAUUAUUGAGAUACAAUGGGAAGAGUUUAUGGGGAAAAAAACCUCAACCCUAUAAAAAAUGUCCCAAUAUACCAUAUAUAGGAAUCCGGGUUUGAUGUUUGUAUAGUCUGCUCUCAACGCUUCAUUUGUUCUUCAGCAGCUGACACCUUGCUUUAUAGAGUGAAAUUUUCAGGCACCUCUAUUUUGUGUACUACUAACUCCUGUCCCCCCCUCCCCCCUUCACGGCACUAACCUCUCUCUCAGCCUUUUUUCUCUCUCCGUUGCUUCCGACGUUGCCUCCCCCAAAGAAAAAACAAAAAAAGUUUUCAUUAUUGCAACGACAUGUCAAUUAUGGUGUAGGUGAAAUAUUUGUUUGAAGUUUUUCAUUUUAUAACCAUAUAACAUUCCAAACUCCAUUUACAGGUCUUGUUUUUAUUAUUAUUAUUAUGAUUAUUAAUUAUUGUGUUUGGACUUCAUCUGCCAUUUUUUGAUCAUGUAAAUAAUAUGCUUUGUGUAGAGAAAAUAUUAAGUAUAUAUACUUGUUUAUAACCUUCAUGAAUUUCAAUGUUCUUUUUAUUUUCUUGUGGGUACAUGUAGAAUUUUUCCAUCUCAUAUGGCUAAUGAUGUAAAUAAGUUGGAAUUUUGGCAUGUACUUUAUAUAUACAUGUAUAUAUAUAUAACACAAGUACACAGUAUACUCAUGGAUCAUAACUGGUUGUAUGGUGGUCGAUCAUUGCGAUCUGAACAGCUUUAAUACUUUUUCCCCUUAGUAUAUAAUUAUUAUUCAUGAUUGUGAAAUUCCGACUUUUUUUUUUCUCUUUUUUGAAAGCCCUUAAGAAACCUUACAAGGUUUCGUGUGUGGUUGAGUGGGAAAUGUCCAAACCAAAUACGAGUUUGAACAUUUUUCUUUUGACAUAUAGAAUACAUGUUUCCAGAGUUUUAGACAUUCCAAACCAGAGAGUGAAAGAUAGACAUAAGUAGUCUCAGGAAAUUAUUUUUUUUCUUGUUCAUUUUAAAUAUGUGAACGGAAAAUCAUUUUGAAGGUGAUGUAGUAUCAGUUCUUUUGUUUUUCAUAUAUUUUUUUUUUUCUUAUGAACAAAAUAUGAAGGAUCUGAGAAAGUUUAUAAUCUUUGUAGAAUAAUGAGUUAUUAUUAAGUGUAGAAAUACUAUUUGAGAUGAUUGUUGGUCAAAAAUCAAAUAUGUGUAUUUUAUGUACUGAUUAUUUCUCAUUUUUUUUUCUGUCAUGCAUUAAUUAUCAAAGUCUGUUAAGCUUAUCUCUCAAUUUUUAUUUUAAAAGACAUUGAUCACAUAUUUUCUUGUACUCUUUUACAAAAUAUCUUGUAGAUGUAGACAUUUUCGAAAAAAAAAUAUCUUGUUUCUGCUUAUUUUGAUAGUAAGAAAUAACUCUAAUGGGAUAAAAGAGGGUUCCAAAAUUUUUGUUGUAAAGCUGAGAAAAUAAAAUAUUAUAAUAUAAAAUUAUACACGUAGAAAACAGUUAAAUGUUUAUUUUAAAAAAGGGAGACAACCAUGUAACAGACAACACAUGUGCUACAUCUUUUGUUUUUUGUGUAUUUUUUGGGGUUCUUGUCAUAUUGUGACUGUAUUUUAGUCCAGUAGGCACCUGGUCUAGUUAUAAUAGUUUUAUGGCCAAAGGUAGAAAGGGAAUUUAUUAUUAUCAUUAUAUUUUCUGAUAUCAGUCUUUAUAUUUUUUUCAAAUACGUAAUAAUAAAUCUUUCAUUUGAAAUUGUUAUUUGUAUUUAGAAAUUAAAUGUUAUCAGUACAUUUG